AGUUUUAGAAGGUGCCGUGGCGGUGUCAUACAGGGAUAUUCAUAGAAUUAUCAGGAAAAUUUGACGAAAUUGACGGUGACACAAUUCGGAAGAAUUCUGUAAGAUACUUAUAAGGAAGCUACGAAUAUACACCUUACUUGCGAGCUGCUAGAAGGUAAUAAUUCCUCAAAUGAGUCUCUUUGUGGAGCUGCGUCAAACUUAACGAAAUUCUAGUAGUUAAAGCCUUCGUGAAUUCGCGCUUGAGUUAGUGAGGUUAUGUCAGUAUCUCGAUUUGUUGAUUGAAGAAGCUGGAAUCCCAGAGACUAAAGACUAAAGAAUCUCAAGCAUGGCAAGUGCAAGUCCCAAGACUUUGUUUGACCUUCCACUGGAAGAUAUUCUUGUAGAUAAUGUGGGAAAGUAUUUGGAUUUAGGAGAUAUUUACAGGUUUGGGAAGUGUUCAAAAGUUUGCAAAGUUCUGGCAGAUUCAAUGGCAGCAACAAAAACAGAGUUCAUCCUAAUAAAUAAAUGUGCUACUUAUAAUAUCCUUGAGACGCAAUUCUCUGAUUUUAUAUCGUAUAUAGUUGAGAAAUGUAGACAAUUGAAGUACAUCACGAUUUUCACAUAUGUCUGGACGUACAAGAACUUUCUAAUUGAGCUGCUGAAGAAUAAUCCACAAGUAGAGAUCUUCUGUGCACUUAAUUGUGAAAACCAAAAACACAAAGAUGCCCUUCCACUUGUCCAACUUACCACUCAGAAGAAGCUCAAAAAUUUGGUUCUGAUGCGUUUCAAUUUGGACGACAAUUUCUUGAUCAAACUCAGUGAGAAUAACAAUCAGCUCCGUGAAGUAAACUUUUCCCACUGCACGGGCUUUUCUGAAGAUGCUCUCCUGAAAUUCUUGGAGAAGCAGCCCCACUUGGGAUAUAUCGAUCUAACAAGUUGUGACAUCACUGAUUCAGAUUCACUUCUUUCUGUAAUCAGAAAUACUUGUUCGAAACUGGAAAUAUUGGAGAUCACAGGCAUAAAAGGGGUGACAAAAGAUGAUAUUUCGAAAAUCAAGGAGAAUUGUCCUAAGAUCAAGAUAAUUGAUUACGACCCUUUUGAUUCAGAAAAUGAAAAUGAUUCUCUCUCUGACAUAUCUAUGUCCGAUCAGUAUGAUGACACAUCUAUGUCCGAUCAGGACGAGGACAUCUAAAAAAAAUAUUUUCAGGAUCCAAAACAGAUGCACGUUCGAUAAUGUUGUAAAAGCAGUCAGCCAAUUUCUUUCGAAAUUUCUAUUUAAAUUAAAAAUUUCUUCACCGGUUUUGAAAUAAAAAUGAAUUUG